AUGCAAGAAUUUGCUAAGGAAAUGGGUUUCAAAUUGUUAACGUCUACGCCAUAUUAUGCUCAGGCUAAUGGUCAGGUCAAAGCAGCAAAUAAGGUGGUAAUUGGUUUGAUCAAGAAACAUGUAGGGGAGAAACCUAGAAAUUGGCACAAAACUUUAGAUCAGAUUUUGUGGGCAUGUCAGACCUCUCCCAAGGAAGCCACUAAUUCGGCCCCAUUUCGACUGACCUUUGGCCAUGAUGCAGUUUUACUAGUAGAAAUUUAUCUACAAUCAAUAAGGAUUCAGAGGCAUCAUGAAAUUCCAUCAGAAUCAUAUUGGAACAUGAUGCUAGAUGAGUUAGUCGAUCUAGAUGACGAGAGACUAAAUGCCUUGCAAUUAUUGAAAAGGCAGAAGAAGAUAGUAGAAAACUCUUAUAAUAAGAAGAUUAAAGUUAAGACAUUUUCUCCUGAAGAUUUGGUUUGGAAAGUUAUCCUUCCAAUGGAUUGGAAGGAUAGAACCCUAGGGAAAUUGUCUCCCAAAUGGGAAGGCCCUUUUCAAAUUCUGCAAGUUUUCUCUAACGGGGCUUAUGAGAUCGAAGAACUUAGUAGAGGCAAAAGAAUCUUAAGAGUAAACCACCAUCAUCUAAGAAUCAUAGAUGAGUUAGUUGGUCUAGAUGAAGAGAGAUUAAAUGCCUUGGAAUUAUUGAAAAGGCAGAAGAAGAGAGUAGAGAAUGCUUAUAAUAAGAAGAUUAAAGUUAAGACAUUUUCUCCUGAAGAUUUGGUUUAG